AGCCAAUUCAAUCAAUCAACCCCCUAAUCUUUUUUUCUCUCUCUAAAAUACAAAUCAAAAAAUUUAACCAAGAGAGAGAAAAAAAAAGCAUAUCAGUAUGGCAGAAGCUUUAAGAAAUAACUGGCUUUGUUGUGUCUUAUCCACACCAUCAACAUCCUCUGGCCCACCCCUAGACAGAGCUGAAUUCUUGAGUUUUCCUAAUGAUUCGUUUAGAGUUCAUCGUAGAUUUCAGAGAAAUUCCCCUUCUUUAACAAUGGCUAUGGAUUCUAGGUUUUUUAAAACAAGAAAUAAAGAAGAAUUGUCUGUGAAUCUUCCAGCAAUAUCUUAUCCUCAAUUGGAGAAUUCAGGGUUACCUGAUCUGAGAUUUGAUCGGCUUCAAGUACCUGAAAGGGAAUUGAUUCAUGAAGACAAGGUUGAAUUUGGGCAAUUUGUAGCAAGAGAUGCUAUAAUUGAUGAAGAAUUUUGGACUGCUGCUUGGCUUCGAGCCGAAACUCACUGGGAAGAUCAAGCUCAUGACAGAUUGGUUGAUAACCACAAAAGGAAAUUCGCGGAGCAGGAGUUUCAUGCCUUAAAAAGGCGACAGACAGGUCAACAUGGAUCAAAAUGUAGAUGCAUCGUCACGAUUAAAAGGGACGGAAAAAAUGUUAAGCGCACUGUACUGAAGAGUGUCGUUGGAACUCUUGAUUUGAGCAUCCGGUGCUUGUUACAAGGAGAAACAUUUCCGGGGGAGCGUGUGAAGGCUCCCGUCUUCCGCAGCUUCCACAAGAGGGGACCACAUGCAUAUGGUUAUGUUGCAAACUUGUGUGUUGCAAAAUCAGCACGUCGCCAAGGGAUAGCAAGAAACAUGUUGCAUUUUGCUGUUCAGUCAGCCAAAUCUGAUGGUGUAGAACACGUGUAUGUGCAUGUACAUAGACACAAUAUACCUGCACAGGAGCUUUACCAUAAAAUCGGGUUCGAGAUUGUUGAAGCAGCAAACUGUCAACUAAUAGAAGAUAAGACUUACUUACUCUGUUGCAGGGUAUGAAGAUUUUUUAAAAGCAUCUUAUAUAUAUAUUAAUAUACGCGCGAUAGUGGGGUAAUGAUUAGCUCAAUCAUUAAGCACACCGAUAAUUGUAUAACUCGCUGUCGUGUUACUAUUGUCUCAAUUGUUAAUAUGUGUAUAUGGCUUAAUUUUUUACGACGAGAUUUGUUUACAUUGCAUAGUAACGGUGACGAAAGUGCUAGCCGCUAGUUUCAUCACUAACCAUGUAUAAAUGUCGUAAACAGAGUGAGUGAGAACAUUGCAGACAGUUUUACUAUUGUUUUAAGAGAAUAUGCAAGAUUUUUUGUUUA